UCCCUCUUCCCUCUUCCCUCCCUUGUAAUAUGAUGUGCAAUGAUGUGCAUCACCCGGCCAGACCAGCCAGACAAAAGACCAGCAGUUUCGUGUUUGGUUUGUGCGAGUCAGCGACUGAGAGACUGGGCGAGGUUUUCCUUGGUAUUGCCUAUAGUACGCGUCUCCUGCUUCUGGAUCUCGUAUUUGACGGUCGACCGGUCUCGGAAGACAAAGAGCAGGAAGGGUGUCUUCGUUGUGAACUGCCACAUCUGUCCAACAUCCGACGUGGUUGUGGCUUUGGUUGGUACUUCUGUGGCUUUGCCAUGGCUUUAUUUAUCGCUGUGGCGGGGUUGUUUAUCAGGCGGGGAGCUCUGGCAUUCUCAGCCUUGCGGGUUGUGACCUCGCUAUUGGCUAGUGGCUUGGGACGCCUCGAAUGCCACCCGACGAUCUGAUAUUGAAUUUUGAAGCUUCAAGAUCUGGGAGUAGGUGAGUGAGGUAAACUCUGUGCGUGAACUCCCUUUGUAUGUUUAGUGACUUGUAGAUAGCUUCAAGAAUGCCCAUUCCUGCUUCCUUUAUUCCUCCCUGACCAGGAAUUCGCUAAGAGCGGGAUAUUCGUGCAAGGCUUUCCUUUCAGUGCAGGGUGCUGCGUCAUCAGAGCGCAACAUAUAUAUAUCAGCAAUUAUACCAGCAAAAAAGAGCUGAAGGAGCAACUCCCCUCGGAUAUCGAAUUGCCCCAUUGCAGAAUGUGCGCGUGCUGCCCGUAGCCAUCAUGUCCAACGCUGAGAUCCCUCGUCGCGAUGCCCGAGGGCGAGCCACGGGGCAUUUACAUCCAGCGCACAGCGAGGAGCUCCACUACUCCAGUGACGACGACUCCCAGCACCCACUCGAGGUAGUCUUCAAUGGAGAGAAAAUGCACCGCCGCAAAUCCUCCCUCGUCGCCAGCGACCCCCAACUCCACAGGCGCACCGCAUGCUUCGUGCACGCCCUCCUCGACGACCAACACGACGACGAGCACCACCACAACGGCCACCUGGACGGCAUCGCCGAGGCCACGCCUCCCAAUCAGCCACAGGAGCCGAAGCAGGAAGGCGACGAGGAGAUAGUCGAUCCCAAGCUUGUUCCUCCCCAGGUAGAGCUUCACGAACCUAGUCCGACACCUCCGAGCGUCUCGUCGCCAGGGACGCACACCCCCGGCCAGCCCGACGAGCAGCUCUGGAAGACGACGCAGUCGCGGCCUUCGAUAUGCGAGAACAUAGCCGUGGAUGCGAAAACAGCAGAUGCCAAGGCGGCGGAGCUGUUGGCGGACGCGGUGUCGCAUUCGCGGCUGCUGACGAAGAAGCAGUUGAGCGAUAUGGCGUGGGGGGUGCGGGAGCUGAGUAAGAGGCUUGGGAGCGUGAAUCUCAAGUUUAAGGUGAAGAGCGUGUUUAUACUUACGAAGGCGCAUGAUGAGUCGUUGGUGGGGAAUACGAGGGAAUUGGCGAGGUGGCUGUUGAGUAAGGAUAGGGAGGUCGAGUAUGUGGUGUAUGUGGAGGAUCGGUUGCGGGGGAAUAAGAAUUUUGGGGCUGAUACGCUGGGGGAGGAGCUGGAUGAGGCGGGUGGGAUGAGGGCGCCGAAGCCUAGUCGGUUGAGGUAUUGGACUGAGGAGAUGUGUCGGUCGCGGCCGCAGACGUUCGACUUCAUCAUCACGCUUGGAGGGGACGGUACGGUCUUAUACGCGAGCUGGUUAUUCCAGCGUAUCGUCCCGCCGGUCCUGAGUUUUGCGCUCGGAAGCUUAGGGUUCCUGACGAAAUUCGACUUUGACGAUUUCAAGGGGACGCUGACUACGGCGUUUGGAGAUGGCAUCAAGGUGUCGCUGCGGCUACGGUUCGAAGUCACAGUCAUGAGACGCCAGAAGGGGAAGAAGAGGUUAAUUCGACAUGAUAGUGACGACACGACCGAGGUUGUAGCUGCAGACGGGGAUGAUGAUGAGGAUUUCUCCCAUCGUGACCUCGUAGAGGAGCUAGUCGGCGAGGAGAAGGAUGACGAGAGGGCACACAGACCAGAUGGGACCUACGAAAUCCUCAACGACAUCGUCGUCGACCGCGGCCCCAACCCAACCAUGUCCUCCGUCGAGCUCUUCGGCGACGACGAGCACCUAACCUCCAUCCAAGCCGAUGGCGUCUGCGUCGCCACCCCCACCGGCAGCACAGCCUACAACCUCGCCGCCGGCGGCUCCCUCUGCCACCCCGAGAACCCCGUCAUCCUGCUCACCGCCAUCUGCGCACACACCCUCUCCUUCCGUCCCAUCAUCCUCCCAGACACGAUCGUGCUGCGCGUCGGGGUGCCGUUUGACGCGCGGACGACGAGCUGGGCGAGCUUUGAUGGCAGAGAGAGGGUGGAGCUGAGGGCGGGGGAUUAUGUCACGGUUAGUGCGAGUCGGUACCCGUUUGCGAAUGUGAUGCCUAGUGGGAAGAGGAGCGAGGAUUGGAUUAAUAGUAUUAGGGCGAAGUUGGGGUGGAAUACGAGGACGAGGCAGAAGGCGUUUGAUAAGAAGUGAAGAGGGGG